GGCUGGCUAUUUAAGUCAGAGGAGUCGGAAGAACGGACUCUUGGGGGCCGACUAAGACUUUGGCACAGAGAGGAGCAACAUGCAGACUAACAGCCUUUGGAGAGUGGCGCUCCUGGUGGCGACCCUCAGUGUCCACCUGAGUCUGGCCCAGUUCCCCCGGGACUGCGUGACCCCAGAGGGGCUUCGGAGCGGCCAGUGCUGCCCCUCCCUGUCGGGCCUGGCGGGGGACGAGUGCGGCUCCAGCACGGGGCGGGGUCAGUGUGUUUCCAUCGCUGCCGACAACCGGCGCCACGGCCCCCAGUACCCGUACGCCGGGCGGGACGACCGCGAGCGCUGGCCCCUGCGCUUCUUCAACCGCACCUGUCAGUGUAACGGCAACUUCAGCGGCUACAACUGUGGCCGUUGUCGACACGGGCUGACCGGGCCCAACUGUGACCAGAGGAUCUCUGUGGUGCGGAGGAAUUUGAUGCAAAUGAGUUCAACUGAUAAACAAGCCUUCAUCAACGCUUUGGACCGAGCCAAGAGGACCGUCCACCCCGACCUUGUCAUCUGCACCAGAAGGUACCAGGAGAUUUGGGGCCCGGACGGGACCACGCCCCAGUUUGAGAACAUCACCAUCUACAAUUACUUUGUGUGGAGCCACUACUACUCCGUCAGCAAGACCUUCCUGGGCACCGGACAGUCCAGCUUCGGAGGAGUGGACUUUUCCCACGAGGGCCCCGGUUUUGUCACCUGGCACCGCUUUCACCUGCUGCAACUGGAGAGAGACAUGCAGGACAUGCUGGGCGAUGCCACCUUCGCUCUGCCCUACUGGAACUUCGCCAUCGGGGGCAGCGAAUGCGACAUUUGCACAGACGACCUCCUGGGAGCCAGGAGCGCCUUCGACCUGAACUCCAUCAGCCCCAACUCGGUCUUCUCCCAGUGGAGGGUGGUCUGCGAGAGCGUGGAGGACUACGACAACAUGGGCACCAUCUGCAACAACACAGAGACCAGUCCCAUCAGGAGGAACCCGGCAGGAAACGUGGCGCGGCCCACGGUCCAGAAGCUGCCGGAGCCUCAGGACGUGGUGGACUGUCUGCAGCUCAACACCUUUGACACGCCCCCUUACUACUCCACCUCCUCCGAGAGCUUCAGGAACUCCAUCGAAGGCUACAGUGCUCCGCAGGGGGCAUACGACCCGGUCAUCCGCAGCCUGCACAACCUGGCCCACCUCUUCCUGAACGGCACAGGUGGACAGACUCACCUGUCGCCCAACGACCCCAUCUUCGUCCUGCUGCACACCUUCACCGACGCCAUCUUUGACGAGUGGCUCAGCAGACACCAACCAGGAGAGAUUGUGUACCCUGAAGAGAAUGCUCCUAUUGGACACAACCGCCUCUUCAACAUGGUUCCCUUCUGGCCGCCCGUCACCAACGCCCAGAUGUUUGUUCCCGCCUCACAGAACCUGGGCUACUCCUACCAGGUCCAGUGGCCCGUGCGAGCCUACACGGUGUCUGAGAUCAUCACCAUCGCCAUCGUGGGGGCGGUGCUUGUGGUGGCGCUGAUGGGCGGAGUCACGGCCUGCGCCGUGCGAGCGCGGUCAUAUCGCUCGGCCGAGGCUUUGGAACCCCUGCUGGGAGACACCUUCAGGCGCUACUCUGAGGACGAGCGCAGGUUGGACAAGUCCCAGUCUGUAGUCUAGUCCCAGUCUGUAGUCUAGUCCCAGUCUCUAGUCUAGUCCCAGUCUCUAGUCUAGUCCCAGUCUGUAGUUUAGUCCCAGUCUCUAGUCUAGUCCCAGUCUCUAGUGUAGUCCCAGUCUGUAGUCUAGUCCCAGUCUCUAGUCUAGUCCCAGUCUGUAGCCUAGUCCCAGGCUGUAGUUUAGUCCCAGUCUCUAGUCUAGUCCCAGUCUGUAGUUUAGUCCCAGUCUGUAGUCUAGUCCCAGUCUCUAGUCUAGUCCCAGUCUGUAGUGAAGUCCCAGUCUGUAGUCUAGUUCCUGUCUGUAGUCUAGUACCAGUCUGUAGUGUAGUCCCAGUCUGUAGUCUAGUCCCAGUCUGUAGUUUAGUCCCAGUCCGUAGUUUAGUCCCAGUCUGUAUAGUCCCAGUCUGUAGUGUAGUCCCAGUAUGUAGUCUAGUCCCAGUUUGUAGUCUAGUCCCAGUCUGUAGUCUAGUGCCAGUCUGUAGUCUAGUCCAUGCCUUGCUUACAGGCAGCAACAAGCCCUGCCCUUUUUUUAAGAAAGCUUCACAAGUCUUGAAUAAAACGUCACU